AUGAUGAGAGAUGAGGCUGGAAACUCCGCUGGUCACGCCGCGGUGGAGACGUCCGAGGCCUCGAAUCAGUUGUCGCCGGUUCCCUCGAAUGCACACAGCAUCUCGUCGACCAAGGGCCCCGCAUCACGAUCGUGGCUCACCAAUGUCCGCCGACCACGCACUUCACCCGGACCUCGAGCUUUCUCCUUGAAGCGGACGCUACUGAACGAGGACGACGACCGCAGAGAUUCGGCCUUAGCACCCUCCAAUGGCACUACCACCAACGAACCGCCCUCACCUACUAGCCUGCGCAAGACGCCGAGUCUGCCUGCUAUUGUAGUGCAGGAUGAACGCUCCUCAGGUCCCAAGAGCCAUGCGUCACAACGACGUUGCUCACUAGACGAUGCCACACGCGAGCAAGAGGCCGAAUUCCCUGGCCUAGACACGUACAUUCCUACAGGCAGCUUCGACGACUUCUCUUCGGACGCGCAGAUAUCUUUCUCCAAGCGAGGCAGCAUGAUGUUGGGUGGCAAGAAGGUAAACAGGCGAAGCAAACAAAUGGACCUCCUUGUGGAAGCCGCGCCCGCACCAAGCACACCACCGCGACAGAAGGAGCAGGCGCAACCAAAUGAAUCACCCAAGCAGGACCCUUCACCCUCACCCACACCCGCGACGAAGCACCUCUCACCGCGAUCCACCUCACGUUACUCGACCCGCGCACGAUCAACGAACCACCGAGUACUAUCAGCCGAUGAGAUGACACUGUCGCGCAAAGUUCGCUGCAUGUACAUGCAUGGCAACGAGAGUGCUGUCAAUUGGGAUACACCCGAGGAGGAGACAAGCAGUGUUCAGAACAGCUACCUGGGGAGCAGCGCUGUUACCAACACCCCAGCUAAUGGUUCGUCGGUGCUCGUGGAAGGCAACGAGGACACAAGUUCACUCAUAAGCUCACGACACGGGAGUGUGAUAGUCAAAGAACCUACAGAGGCAGCCGGUGGACUCGAGGACUGGGCGGAUCUUGACGGUGGAGAGGUCGACCGAUACGGUUUCAUCAUACCUAAAAAGACAAAGUCGAAAUCCGACGCCGACGGCCCAGACGGACCCGACGUGCCCCGCAUGCAGCGAGUCACUACAACACUACAACUGCUGUCUGAAGAGCCUAGACGACGGCGUCUAGGGCGCAGCGCAUCGAGAGCUCGCUCUACUCGUUCUGUAGACCCACGCUCAGGCUCACCUAAGCGGCGGCUUUCUGGCAAAUCUUCAAGACCCGCCAGAUCGAUUUUCUCAGGUCGCACUUCAGAUACGCACAGCAGUCACAGGCCCCUGCGACACGCGACAAACAGGUUACCCCAUAAUCGAGACCGCAGGCUGAGGGACGAGGCGAGUGACAUGCUCAAGCUACCGCCCGGUCUAGCCGAGGUUGCGGAACAGCAAGAAGGAGGAAGGGCUGCACAGGCGAUGAGAGCAAAGGAAAUCGAGCGCAACGAAAAAUGGCGUAAGAUGGCCAAGGUUGUCAAAGCGGGGGCAGAUAAGGGGGGCAUGCUGUUUGAAUUCGAUACCAAAGACCCCAAGGUCAUCUCUCGCACAUGGAAGGGCAUACCUGAUCGCUGGAGGGCGACUGCGUGGUACUCAUUCCUUGCUGCGAGUGCCAAAGCCGACGCAAAUAGUCCAACAGAAGAGGAGCUCAUCGAAAGCUUUUACGAACUCCAGCUGGAGAGCUCUGCAGAGGACGUGCAGAUUGAUGUUGAUGUACCUCGCACUAUCAACAGGCAUAUCAUGUUUCGGCGGCGGUACCGUGGAGGCCAGCGACUUCUAUUCCGCGUACUGCAUGCGAUGUCACUGUACUUGCCUGAAACUGGCUAUGUCCAAGGCAUGGCUGCACUAACCGCAACGCUUCUUUGCUAUUACGAAGAGGACCGAGCUUUCGUCAUGCUAGUGCGGUUGUGGCAGCUUCGAGGCAUGGAAAGACUCUAUGAAGCUGGUUUUGAAGGACUCAUGGAGGCUCUAGAUGACUUUGAGCUGAACUGGCUGUGCGGAGGUGAUGUCGCAAAGAAGCUAAUUGAUCUUGGCAUUAGCUCGACCGCGUACGGUACCCGGUGGUACCUGACGCUGUUCAACUAUUCGUUACCUUUCCCCGCUCAGCUACGCGUCUGGGACGUGUUCAUGCUACUGGGCGACAAGUCUCAUUCCAACUCGCCGACGUCCAAGUUCAGUGGAGAUAUGGAUGUGUUACAUGCUACAUCGGCUGCGCUUAUUGAUGCGACGAGAGAGAUCUUGCUGGACUCAGACUUCGAGAACGCGAUGAAGGUGUUGACCUCUUGGAUCCCUAUUAAAGACGAAGAGCUGUUGAUGCGCGUGGCGAAGGCUGAAUACAAGAUGCGGAAGAAGCGAGCCAAUGCUUAA